AUGCAAAUACUAAAAGAAAGAGAUGCAUUUCUACUGAACUUUGAAGUAUCAGAACACCUAAAACAAAUCAAACAUAAAUAUAAUUGGACAUUUUCAGAACAAGAUGAAAUCGAACUACAACAACAACAACAACACAAGAAAAAAAACAGAUUUGUUGAAUGUGGAUUAAAUUUGGAAACUAUUACAAAAGAAGUUUUGUUGUUUAUUACAAACACAAAUGAAAACCUUCUUAACCCAAUCACAAAAGAAAAUUUUAAACAACUCAUGGAAUUUUUAAAUACUUUUGAAUUAAUGAAGAUUGAAAAAUUACAAAUCAUGAAUCAAUUACCUCGUUCGUUAGUGGUGUUAUAUUUAUUAGUUGAGGAUUGUGAAGAAAGGUUUGAUGAAGAGAAAUGUUUAGAAAUUAUUGCUAAAAUUGACGAAUUAUUUCCCGUUGAACAAGACGAAGAACAAGAAGAAGCAGAAGAAGAAGAUGAAGAUGAAGAAAUGGCUGAAUAA